UUCUUCUUCUUCUUCACCAUCAUUUUCUUCCACUCUGUUCUGUACCUUCGAGCUUCUCCAUUUCAUCUCUUCUAGCUUCUUCCCUUGCAGCUCUUUCACCUUCUCUCACUCUUGUGUACCAGAAGCUUCUUCCCGCUUGAGGAUUCAUCAUCGAGCAAGAUGUUCACAGAUGGCCUCGAUGAAACUGCAAUUUCCUGGGUAAAAAAGGGGACGGAUAAAAUUGUGGAAGACGAAACUCGAAUUCGAUCUCCUCUUGCCGAGAAAACCGGCUCCGAUCUAUUUCCGAAAUCUCCGUUGGCGUUUAAUGGCACUGGAUUCAUGUCUUCUCAUGUUUUGCCUCCUUUGAAAUUCCAUUCUGGAUUGCUUUCUCCUCAUAGUUUGGCAUCUCCAUGCCUGGAUGACGAUGAUGAUGAUGAUGAUGGAGAUUUUGACGUUAAUGAAAGUAUUGCUUCGGUUCCGUUUGAAGAGGAUGGAGAUUAUUCUGAUGAUGAUGGUAUGGAAUUUCAUGAUUCGGAUUUCUUGGAGAAGCCUGUCGUGCAGGGUAUUGAGGAAGAUGUAUUUAGCUACCAGUCUAGGGUUAAUACCGUAUCUGGAACUCGAUGUAUAUCUUCUAUUAAUCGACGGUACUUGAAGGAAGAUCUCAGGGUCGAAGUGCCUGUUAAUUUAAGUAGAUUUCCUGAUGUGAAGUUGGGCGUAAGAAAUUUGCCCCAAAAAUCUUCUACUCCUAAUUAUGGCAAUCAGCGCCAGACUGAAGUCUACUUUCACAGUGCUCGUGGUCCCGGUGUCCAUGGAAGGUUUUUUGAGGAUUUGGCCGGAACCCCCAGUGCACCUCCCAUUGGUGAUGUUGGAGGGGGUGAAACCACGAGCACAGAAUGUGGAAGUCAAACUAGACCAGAUUCUGAAGGUUCAAGUGAAGUUGAUGAAACUGACAAUGGAUGCCCAUUGCCGGCGACAGAGGGUUUUGAUGGAUGUAAUGCAGAUUGGAAAGCUUAUUCUCCGGGAACCACCCAAAAUUUUGAAAGAACUUCAACAGGAACUAAAGAUUCUUAUAUCUCUCAUCUGCAAGCAAACUAUCCAGAACCUUCAUCCUGUUACAACACAAGUGGUCAACAAGCCUGGCAAACUCUACUUGCAUAUGAUGCUUGUAUUCGGUUGUGCCUACAAGCAUGGGAAAGAGGCUGCACAUACUCACCUGAAUUUUUACGCAAUGGGUGCUUGAUUCUUCGAAAUGCUUUUGGACUACACAAAUUUUUAUUGCAACCUCGGCUCGCACAACCGACCGAAAGGGGGAGAAACACUGAGCAUUCAGCACAAGUAGUAACUUCGAACCAGAAGAAAGUUGUCGGAAAGAUAAGAGUGGAAGUGAAAAAGCUUAGACUGAUUCCAAAGAGGAAAGUGAUAAAUACCUAUUCGCAAAGAGGCUCAAUCUAUAUGCAAACAGGAGUGGAGUAUAUUCGAAAUAUUUCUACUGUCGUGAAAAAUGGCAUAAACUCUCUAAAAGACGCUUCAUUCUCAAUUACAUCAGAAGAACAAUUAUCGUGCUUAUUUCAAUUGAAGAGUGCUACAGAAGGCUCUGACCUGGAGUCUGAUUCUGCUGUUUGCUUGCACCCUGGCAGUGGAGACUACCAUGUCUUUUUCCCAGAGGCUCCAGGAGAUACCCUUUUACUAGAAAUCCAGGAUGUCAAAAAAACUACCCAAGGUCGAACUACGAUUUCAGUUUCAUCUUUGAUCGGUAACACCAAUGAUAGGAUUCGGUGGUGGCCGAUAUACCAUGAUGACCAGGAAUGUGUUGGGAAAAUUCAGCUUUCUAUCGUCCAUACAAUGACAAGUGACGAGACUAAUCAUAUGAAGAGUGGACCUGUUGUGGAAACUCUUGCCUAUGAUUUAGUGCUAGAGGCUGCAAUGCGUGCACAACACUUUUCUUCCAGAAAUCUAAGGAUUGAUGGACUUUGGAAGUGGUUGUUGACUGAAUUUGCAGACUAUUAUGGAGUUUCUGACUCAUAUACAAGAAUCAGAUAUCUUUCUCAUGUCAUGAGUGUGGCUACUCCAACUAAAGAUUGCUUAGAGCUUGUAAAUGAAUUACUUGAUCCCAUAAUGAAGGCCAAAAACGAGAAAAGUUUGACUCGGCAAGAGAGAAGUAUAUUACUGGAUUGUGAAACUCAAAUUGAGAACCUGUUGGCAAAUCUUUUUGAGAACUACAAGUCAUUAGAUGAAAACUCCCCUACGGGAUUGGCAGAUUUACUUGGUCAUCCCACAGAAGACUCUCCAGCAUCUGCUCUAACUCCAGCCGUGAAAAUCUACACUCAGCUCCACGAUAUACUUUCUCAAGAUGCCCAGAAUAUGCUGAGAAACUAUUUUCAGAGAGCGGCGAAAAAGCGGUGUCGAAAGCAUAUGGUUGAGACUGAUGAGUUUGUCUCGGGAAACGCUGAAGGUCUUUCCAUGGAUCCAAUUACCAUCUCCACGGCAUAUUUGAAGAUGAAACAGCUAUGCAAAAAUAUAGGUGGUGAAAUUCAGGCUGAUAUCAAAAUUCAUAAUCAACAUAUACUACCAAGUUCGAUUGACCUGUCAAACAUCACCGCCGCCGUUUACAGCACCGAGUUGUUCAACAGGCUUAGAGGAUUCCUCUCUGCAUGGCCUCCAUCUGGUCCAUUGCCUUUCGUAAAUGAGCUUUUAGUAGCUACUGCUGAUUUUGAAAGAAGCCUUGAAUCAUGGAAUAUCAGUUCUGUGCAGGGUAGCGUAGACUCGAGAAAUCUUUUCCAUAACUAUAUAAUGGUGUGGGUACAGGAUAUGCAAAUAACUUUGCUGGAUAUAUGUAAAGCAGAAAAGAUGCCGUGGUCUGGUGUAACAACAAAUUAUUCCACUUCACCCUUCGCUGAGGAGAUGUACGAGAAAAUAAAGGACUCCCUCGUUCAAUAUGAAGUAGUGAUCAAUCGAUGGCCUCAAUAUUCAUUGAUUUUAGAACAUCACGAUUUGGAAACGAUUGUUGAACAGCUGGGAAUGUUCCUCAAUACCAUCAAGAGAAUUCUAGAUGUCUUACACAUUAGAGUUGAAGGUAUCUUGAAGUCGUGGGCAUCCUAUACGCCUGUUGUGGGAGACAAGAGGUCACUGUUCGGAGAGCAGAUGAAUGGAAUCACGGUUCUUUUGAGGACGAAGUACAAAAACUACUUGCAAGCAAUUGUAGGGAAGCUCAUGUGCAAUAUGCAAGCCAACCGUAAUACACGGCUGAAAAGGAUUUUGGAGGGAACGAGGGAAGAAGAAGGGGAGCACGAAGUUCGUGAAAGAAUGCAAAUGCUAAGUGCACAACUCAUUGAUUCCAUAUCGAACUUGCACGAAGUCUUUACAGGUCCUAUAUUUGUUGCAAUAUGUCGGGGGUUCUGGGACAGUAUGGGACAGAUCGUCUUGAAAUUUCUCGAAGGCAGGAAAGAAAACAGAGUAUGGUACAAUGGAUCAUAUUACGCUCUUGGGAUAUUGGAUGAUACAUUUGCUUCCCAAAUGCAGCGAUUACAAGGAAAUGCAGUGCAAGAAAAAGAUAUUGAGCCUCCUCGUUCAGUCGUUGAAGCUCGAUCAAUUCUCAGCAGGGACUCGGCAAAUGCCACUGACACUGCAACUUAUUUAUAUCUCUGAUUGUUUUAACUGGUAUGGCUUCUUCAAUUCAUUCAUAUACAUAGAUCAGGUGUAAUAUUAUUAUUCAUAUACAUAGAUUAGGUGUAAUAGUAUAAUUCAUAUGGGGGCGCUAUUUACUUUUUAGAAAUUCGUUGUUUUGUUUAUUCAAUCUAUGUUGAUAGGUUAUAUUGAUGUAUUAUUUAUUAUUCAAAGGAUCAUUGUUCUUCCUGUACAUCAUUAUUAUUCAACAAGGGCAGCUUCUUGAUUUU